AUGCCAUUAUCAGGAAUGUUUUCAUUGGAUUUGCGGGAAAAUUGCGACACAGAUGCCGCUGAUUAUGUAUCGCAUCAUAUCGAGCAAUGCUGCUUGACAUUUUUGAAAUCACUAGUGGAUAUCGGCAAAAACCCAAGGGGAUACGUUAUAUUAUCCAACCCAUGUGCGGUUGACCGUAAAGGAUAUAAGUUGAAGUUAACUCCAAAAAAUUGCCAAUGGAUUGCUCAAAUGCUACGAACGAUUUCUAUGAUACAUCAGUUGCGAAUAUCAAAGGCUUAUAAAACGAAACGCGAUCUUUUUUACGAACAAAAAAAUUUAUUUGGUGAGCAGCGAAAUUUAAAUAGCUCGAUCAACCGAACCUGUUGUUUGCUUGGAAUAGAUCCGACUCCUGGAUAUUUGCUAUCGUCUGGUCAUGGACUCGUAAUUGGUCAGUUAAAAAUUUGUGGAAGCACUGGAACAGUGGAUUGCUCACUUAAAGCCACUAUCAUUGAUGACUUUUCCCGUGCAAGUCUUUUUACCACCGCACAAUGCAUAUUAGUGGUUGAAAAGGAUGCCAUUUUUCAAAAACUCAUUGGCGAAGGGUUUCUGGAACUUUUCCCCAAUGCACUUCUUGUGACGGGUAGAGGUUAUCCGGACAUUGCAACGCGAAUUAUGUUAAAGAAAUUGAGCAACCUUCCAUUAUUUGGCUUGUUGGAUUGUGAUCCACAUGGUAUUGAAAUAGCGAUGACCUAUAAAUACGGUAAUUGUAGUAAAAAAUUUGAUGUGGGAAAUCGAACAUUAUCCCAUUUUGAAUGGAUUGGAUUGUCUCGUUGCAAAUUACCGAAGUUUGUUAUUUCGGCUGUACAAUUUCUCCCUCUUCAAAAGCGUGAAUUAGCGAAACUGGAGAAGCUCUGUCAAAGAGCUGCUAUUUUGGGAAAUGCAGCUCUGUUUGAAGAAUUGAUAAGAAUGCGCCAGUGCGGCAACAAAUUAGAACUGGAGGCAGUAAGUGGCAUCGCACCCGGAUCCAUGUGUCAGUAUUUGCUUCGAACUAAGCUGUCUAAAUAUGCUGUUGUUGAGAAAGAAAUAAUCCAAUGUGGAUGAAAUUAAUGACUUUUGUAACUUUCAUUUCAAAUCACAGUAGUUAAGUGAUUAUCCAGCACUGAAAAGUGGAGCAGA